CUUGUUAUCCUUGCACAUACUGUAUGAGGUUGAUUUUCAUGUCUAGGUAAAAUCGAAUGAUUUGAAUGUUUGCAUGUUUUCGAAUUUGUCGUCCUGCUUUGAAUGUUAUGCCAUUUUCCGUCUCUACUUGCUGCUUUGCAGGCUGCGACACGGUGUACGUUUUCUCCUUCAUUUGGAUUAGUAUAGAGGUGGUGUUGCAUAACACGACGGCCGCUUUGCAAAGCAGGGAUGAAGAUGGCCCGGUUGGUGUGGUGAGUGUGUGUUUCGUGAUGCUGAAGUACUAUUUAUCAGAUCUAUGAUUACUAGAUAGACAACCAGCAGAAUGAUCGGAGAUGAGAUACUGUGUGCCCCACUGCUGCAGGCAUAGAGCAAGCGCAAUUUACCUAGGGAUUGCAGAUCGGCUGGUGGCGCUACUGCAUACGCAUCUCUGGUAGCAUCCUUAGCCCCCUUUUCACACAUCUAUAGCAUGAGGAUGGCGCUGCGGAUGCGUGUGCAGAGGUUUCCAAGCUAGGGAGUAGGAUCUGUUAGAUCUGAUAGGAUUUGGAUGAUUUGGAAGUUGCUGCCGCUCGCCUGUGUGGGGAUUUAUAGCCGCUUUUUCUCUUUUGUGUUAUUUUUUGAACCAAGAGUAAAAAUAAACUACUUACUUACGAAGUUUAAGUUAAGGCUAAAAGUGGUCCAUCCUUGUAGUAUCUAUUACACCCAUGAUUCGUAGAAAAUUUGAAACGAUACAGACACACAAUAUAAUUCGGAACUCAUGUGAAUUCAGUUCAAGUUCAAAAGCCAGUCCUCGCGCAGGAAAAGAAGUCCCUUAUUAUGCCCUGUGUAAUAUGUACUUCAAUUUUAUGAUCAAAUUCAAAACGCGCCUUUUAUUUACAAUUAGUAUGAUAGAAUUAGUGUCUCAUAAUUCCUGCUGUUCUGGGUUGGGAUCGAACUGCAAUACGGUCCGUGAAGCAGAUCUUCAGUCCGUCCCUUCCCUGCGGCAGAUAUUUCUAGUCGUGAAAUUGAAAUUUUAAUUCUUGUGAUAUUUUUGUAGAAUACAUACUAGUUUCCUUGGGUUGGUGACAAAGGGAUAAGUCUUGUCCGGGAAAUGUCAAUACUGUGCAAAAAAAAGAAAGAAUACCUGCGCAAUACCAGCCAGAUAAUUGGUAAUGGUUGAGUUCUUGGAUAAGUUCAAGGAGAUUGUCAUGCAUUUCAGUUAUUUUGCGUCGAAUAAAGUGAUAUAAGAAUAAAGGAUUUAGACAUUCACAUUGCAUCCAUAAUGUCAUAACUUAUUGCAUCGUUUGAACAAAUACAAAGUCUUUCUAUAUGAUCAGCCACACACAGAAGUUGUGGGCAAAAAGCUU